AUGCACGUCGACAACAACGGUCUGGCGUUGAUUCGGAGAAAGUAUCAAGCCCCAGAUUUUGUACAUUUGGAACCUAGAAGUUAUAACACAGCUCGCAAACUUAGGGCGUUUCUAGAGCCCCCAACCAAACCAUUGGACCCUGCACACCCAUCUGAAGGAUUUGUGGCCAUGCAGAAUGACAACAACAAAGAAGUUAUGUGCCAAGUCAUCAACGAGUUAUGUCAUGACAAAGUUAUCUUCCAACAUUGCAAAAACCUCAAUGAUCCUGCCAAGAUUCAGAAUGUGAAGGAUAUUCUCAUUGAAUUCCAUAAAAGAGGGUACCUGGACAAUCAAGUUAUGAGCGGUGAAGGUCUCUUAUUUUUUGAUGCUAAUUGGAUCUCUGUCUCCCUUGUCGAGAUGAAGCAGCACAGUGUUGACGUGCAGAAACAGGAAUGGUUUGAUGAGACUGCCAAGUGCGCAAACACGAUCUGGGGCUGUCAGGAUGCCCAUACAUUCGUCAUAAUGUUGCAGUACUUUGGCGAACAGUUUGCAUUUUCAUUUUUUGAUCGUGGAGGUGCCGUUUGCCCGGAUAUGCUAAAUAUAAUGGAUGAUAAGGAGGAAUACUUGAGGCUUGUGUUGUACCUAUCACUUGCCAAUCCUGGUAUGGUUGGCUUGGAGACAUCCAUCAUGCACAACAAUGUCGGGCAAUUUGUACGAUCAAAGGUUUUCAGACUCGUUCCAAUUGAGAUGGUACUGUUCAUCAGUAAUAACCUUCAUGGACGUGGGACCAUGGCUCGACACGUGACAUUAAUGCAAUGUCACAUCACUGAGGCAUUGCAGUCUGUUGGGACUUGGGAGGUCAUGAAGAAGUGGCUGAAGGGUAUAGAGGAUGAUGUGGCAGUAGUUGUGAAGGAUACUUGGGUCGAUCUCACCGCCCCCCUCACAGAGGGUAUGAUUCUCAAUUAUCUUCGACUCAAGGGUGUUAUGGGCAUUACGUGGUUGCUUUUUGAGGGGCUUGUUGCUGGCCCUGCCAUCCCGCCAUCACUUGAUCAACUCCACAAUCAUCCAGGGAUUGGUUUGCUCAAGGACAUUGGAGCAAUAACUCAGACUGGGGGCCUCAAUGUCUGGUGCAGCACCAUAUACAAUUGGUCUUUUCUGGGCGUGUCCACCCUUGCACUGGCGCACAAGAGCAUGACAAAGAGUGUCAAUGCAUACGAUCAUCAGCACCCCAUUAAUGAAGGUAGCAAAAGCAAGCUGGAACUCGUAACACGCGAAGUGUACCAGGAGCGAAUGCUAACACGAUCUUGGCUAUAUCCGCCAUGCACACCAAUCUACAAGUUCAGCUGUGUCUACAAGGCAUUGGUUGGCAUUGUGGACUGUAUCAAAUCCCAUGGCCAGGCAUUUUCAUCUUAUCACAUUUCGGAAAAUGGCAGUGAGACUGAUGAGCUUUUCCCCAUCUCAUUCAUGCAAGCAGAUACCUCAAUGUGGAACAUGGGCCUUACUGGGGAGCAGUUGAUCCCACCAAACUCGGCGAGAACAACGAGAUUUGACGAGGCCUACUAUAUGAUCAUGCCUUCACUUCCUGGUCUACACGAUCCUCCUCCUCAAAAACAAGCCUCCCACCAAAGAUUUUUGCUGCUCAUACCCCGCUUGUUCCUGCCCCUGCUUCCUCUAUUCCACAUGCUCUCUCUAUUCCGGCUCACAUGCCCUCUCCCAAUACUCCCCCUCAAUGUCCUCCUGUUCCACAUGCUCCCUCUAUUCCAGCUCACACUCCCUCUCCCAAUACUAAAUGUCCUCCUGUUCCACUUUUUGAUGCAGCAUUUACUUCCAUGGUCCCAUCACAGCCAGAUGUUCCACAUGCUUCCGCCCCACCACCUAAUUCAUCUCUGCCAUCGUGUGGAGGGCGGGGAACAAGUAGACCUAAAUGCAGGGGAUGCGGUGGUGGUGGAUGCAAAGGUCCACAUCAAGCCCAAAGAUGUGGUGCAAAGUCUCCAAGUCAAUGUUGCAGGCUAUGGGUCUCCAACAACAAAUGAGGAUCUGGAACACUUUGCAGAUAAGGGUCGCAUCUAUGAGUUGACGAUAGUCCAUGAUCUGGAGGGCUACUAUUAUGUCAUCCUGACACUCGCCUUCAUGUUUGAUGGGCUGUAUGCAUUGAAAAAAGUUCCAGACGCUGACAUGGCAAGUGGGGCAGAGAUGUGGCUUCAUAGGUGGCUUGAAAAUACCAUCGAGAUAGAGAUUUGGCAAGAAGCGGUGGAGAAACAGCACUAUCUUGGUACCGAUGCAGGGUUUUCUAUGGUGGAGGGGCUGUUAGGUGAGGACUGGGCGAUUGAGCCCAUGAAGACGAUGUUGAAGGAGAUGAGAGAGCAUCUUUUCACUAAUGCUGUGCCAACCCACUCAGGAAUGCUCGACAUCAUCACCAAUGCCCUUGUCAAGAUACGUACGAAUCCUGAUCUUGCCCAUCUCUGCAAGCCUCAGAAAAUGACAAUGGAGUGUGCAAAUGCAACUGGUGGCAAUGGGGUUCCCAGCCACUCUUCCAUCCUUCCUGCACUGUGA